AUUAUUGUGAGAAGUGUACUUCAGAUGAGAUAAUUGUAGGACAAUGGGUUACAAUGGAGACAGACAGUGAAAGUUGGAACAGCACUUAUUUAGAUUGUCUUGGUGGUGUCUGUUAAACCAUGCAGGCCGUGUAACUUGCAGAAAUGUACGGCAAACCGAAUGCAGAGCGUUAUUAGACCCUUUGUGCCCCAAUUUGACAAAUGGGGUGCACAAACAGUACCGAGAAACGACCGAAAGAUAAGAGGAGAAAAUCCAAUGCUCCCGAAGACUACCCUGACCACUUGUCCCCGCCAGAAAUAAAAAUCACAGAGACCGACUCGGAUAGACGCUCAAUUGCAUCUUCGAACUCUCAAAAGGGAGAGAAUAAAUACAGAAAGAAUUCACACGAAGAAAAAGAUGAUAUUGUUGAUGCGCAAGAAAGCGAGGACUUACCGAUCGUAUGCGUAAAGAGACCAGAGCCUGAACUGAUAGCAUGUGACUUUAACCCAACUGUGGAGGAGGUAAAAACGGCAGACGAUCAGGCACAUGAAACUGAGGCCAAAACCUCAGACGAUAAUCCACCAGAGACAGAAAAAUCUUCACCAGAGGAGGCGCCAGAAAGUGAUCAUGAAGAAAACCAAACUAUAGAGGCUCCGGAAUAGGAAGGAUCUAACAGUGUUCAAAAAUAUGGGUCGGAUUGUUAUAACAAGAUAUACAUGUUUUAAUUAAAGUGUAGCUUUAUGAGAA